CUGCAGAGUACACGCAUGUACGUGUUUCCUCAACUCCUCUCCCAGUCGUCCGUCGCCCGAAAACACUGGAUUAUUCUUGCAGUUCCAGAAACUUCUCGAUCCAAAAGCACUUUAGCGCGAUCUGUCUCUAUAUAACUAUAAUCUUCAUUGGUACAAUUCUAUUUUGUCCCCAUUCAAUUCUCAAACACUUCAUUAGGGUUUUUGAUACUACAGCUGAAUAGAAAUGGCGAAAGAGGGACCUAACUGGGAGGGUUUGCUUAAAUGGAGUCUCUCCCAUGCUGAUGGUACUCAAUCUUCUCGUAACCUGAGUGAGGAGGAUCGGAAAUGGUUUAUGGAGGCUAUGCAAGCUCAAACUGUUGACGUCUUGAAGCGAAUGAAGGAGAUUUCUCUUGUAAUGCAAACCCCAGAGCAGGUGCUCGAGUCACAAGGGAUUACUCCCCAGGAUAUUGAAGAUAUGUUGGAUGAACUGCAAGAGCAUGUUGAGUCCAUUGACAUGGCCAAUGAUCUUCAUUCAAUUGGUGGAUUGGUGCCUCUACUUGGUUACUUGAGGAAUUCCCAUGCUAAUAUCAGAGCUAAGGCUGCAGAAGUUGUAAGUACAAUUGUUCAGAACAAUCCCAGGAGCCAGCAACUGGUGAUGGAAGCUAAUGGCCUAGAGCCCCUUCUUUCAAAUUUUACUUCAGAUGCUGAUGUUACUGUUCGCACAAAGGCUCUGAGUGCCAUCUCAUCUCUUAUCAGGCACAAUAAACCUGGGAUUGCUGCAUUCCGCCUUGCAAAUGGUUAUGCAGCAUUGAGAGAUGCUUUAGGUUCUGAGAGCGCGAGGUUUCAAAGGAAAGCCCUGAACUUGUUUCAUUACUUGCUGCGUGAGAAUCAUUCAGAUUGCAAUGUUGUCACUGAGCUAGGAUUCCCCCGCAUUCUGAUGCAUCUUGCCUCCAGUGAGGAUGGAGAGGUAAGAGAGGGUGCACUUCAAGGCCUUCUUGAGCUGACACAGGUCAACACAGGACAAUCAGAUGGUUCUUUAAGAGUGGACGAUGAGAAACUCAAACAAUUACUACAACAACGAAUUGAUGGGAUCAGCUUGAUGUCCCCUGAAGAUCUUGGUGCUGCGAGAGAGGAAAGGCAACUGGUGGAUUCCCUUUGGAAUGCCUGCUAUAAUGAGCCAUCUUCCCUUCGUGAGAAGGGACUCCUUGUUCUCCCAGGGGAAGAUGAACCACCACCAGAUGUUGCCAGUAAGCAUUUUGAACCACCUCUUAGGGCUUGGGCAGCAAAUAGGAAUACAGAUACAAAGGCUAGUACUGAAAAGGAGACCCCGCUAUUGCUAGGACCGGGUCCCUCCAGUAGAUGAUGCUUCAACACAUAGUAGCUCCUACGGAUCCAUGGUCAGGGAACAUACAAAAUUACAAAUCCUUCCACAUGAAGUUCCUAGUUUGUACUAUUCGAUUAUGAUGUCUGAGACCAUGUAAAAUAUUGCAUCUAUUCAAGGAAUAUAACCUUUUCUUGUCUGGCCCA